AUGGCUCACUCUAUUACCACCACGGACCUCCAGGCCGCCCUCUCCCUCCUCACCAUCGGCGACCGCGCCCUCCCCGCCAACCUCGCCAAGCCUAAGGUCGGCAUCGUCUGCGGAUCCGGUCUCGGUGGUCUCGUCAACAUCCUCCGCAGCAAGAUCGAGUUUGCCUACACCGACAUUCCCGGCUUCGUCAACUCCACCGUUGCUGGACACGCUGGAAAACUUGUUUUCGGUCUCUUGGGUGACAAUGAUGUCCCCACCGUCUGCAUGGUCGGUCGCUUCCACUUCUACGAGGGCUUUGCUCUUACCCAGACCACCUACCCCGUCCGCCUCAUGUCCCUCCUUGGAGUCGAGACCCUUAUCGUCACAAACGCUGCUGGUGGCUUGAACCCUGCCUACCAGAUUGGCGAUGUCUGCGUCAUUGAGGAUCACAUCAACUUGCCCGGUAUGACCGGCAACAACCCCUUGAUCGGACCCAACAUGGCUGAGUUCGGUCCCCGCUUCCCUCCCAUGUCUGAUGCCUACUGCCCCCGUCUCCGCCGUCUCGUGUUCGAGGCCGCCAAGAAGUUGAGCGUCCCCAAGUUCUUGCAUGAGGGUAUCUACGUCUUUGUCUCUGGCCCCUCUUACGAGUCCAAGGCCGAGUGCCGCUUCUUGAAGACCAUUGGCGCCGAUGUUGUCGGUAUGUCGACUGUUCCUGAGGUCGUCGUUGCCAGACACUGCGGUAUCAAGGUUGUCGGCCUCUCCUUGGUCACCAACCGCGUCGUCGUCCACCGUGAGCAGCGAUCUGACCCCGAUGCACCUGCUGAGGUCAGACCCCAGGAGGAGAAGAUGGCCAGCCACGAGGAGGUUUUGGAGGCUGCUGAUGCCCGUGCCAAGGAUCUCCAGACCCUUGUCAAGCAUCUGGUCGAGAUGAUCUAA